GGAGGAGGAAGGGCGAUGGCGGCGGCGGCGGCGAUGAGGCGGGUGCGGCGGCGGGCGCCCCGCGGGUCUCUGAGGAGCCGCCUGAAGCGGGACAAGGCCCAGCUCCGCCUCAGGGACACCGCCGACCUGCUGGUGCAUCUGAACUGUUUACUCUUUCUUCAUCGUUUAGCAGAAGAAGCCAGGGUAAAGGCUUUUGGAAACAAGAGUAAAAUCAUUAAGACUGAUCACGUCCUAGCCGCGGCAAAGGUGGUUUUAAAGAAGAGCAGAGGUUAGAAACUGAGGAUACAGUCUUUGAGCUGCUUACUUUCCUGAGGAUAUACUCCACAGAUUUUUAAUUGUAAAACGCGAUGAAACCCUAUGGCUUAAUAACUAUUAAUGUAGAAGUUAACGUGGGUUUGGAAAAUAUGAAUUGUCACUGCUGCCAUGUUUAUGCCUCGGGUGAAUAAAUACUUAGGAUUUCAACCUAGCGUCUUUCUACAAGUAAUCUAUUCUUCCUGAAGUCAGCGUGUACCUUUCAACUUAAUAAAACUGGCAUUGAAUGCACUCUU